AUGGCGGAGAUAAGUCAUCCUCCAAUGGAACAGCUUCAAGACCUUGAGUAUUGCAUCGACUCUAAUCCUUCUUGGCCUGAAACAGUGUUACUAGCAUUUCAAAACUACAUUCUAAUGCUUGGAUCAAGUGCCUUUAUACCUGCAUUGCUCGUACCAGCAAUGGGUGGGACCGAUGGGGACAAAGCGCGAGUGAUGCAGACGCUACUCUUUGUAGCUGGUAUCAAGACACUUCUUCAAGCUCUUUUCGGCACGAGGUUGCCUGCUGUUGUUGGAGGCUCUUUUGCUUAUGUAGUCCCCAUUGCUUACAUCAUUAACGACUCCUCCUUGCAAAAGAUCUCUAAUGAUCAUGAGAGGUUUGUUCACACAAUGCGAGCUAUACAAGGAGCAUUGAUUGUAGCAUCAAGCUUACAGAUCAUUCUCGGAUACAGCCAAGUAUGGGGACUGUUCUCAAGGUUUUUCAGUCCUCUAGGAAUGGCACCAGUUGUCGGAUUGGUUGGUCUCGGGAUGUUCCAGCGAGGAUUUCCACAGCUCGGGAACUGCAUUGAGAUAGGACUACCGAUGCUACUGCUCGUCAUCGGAGUAACACAAUAUCUAAAACAUGUCAGACCGUUUAAAGACAUACCGAUCUUUGAGAGAUUUCCGAUCUUGAUCUGCGUGACUUUCGUUUGGAUCUACGCCAUAAUCCUCACCGCGAGUGGAGCUUACAGAGGAAGGCCAUCACAUACACAGCAUAGUUGUCGAACAGACAGAGCAAAUCUUAUAUCAACAGCUCCAUGGUUCAAAUUCCCAUACCCUCUCCAAUGGGGACCUCCAACGUUUGCAGUUGGCCAUUCCUUCGCUAUGAUGUCUGCGGUUCUUGUAUCCAUGGUCGAGUCGACUGCAGCUUACAUGGCAGCUUCAAGAUUAGCUAUAGCCACGCCACCUCCUGCUUAUGUACUAAGUAGAGGCAUUGGAUGGCAGGGGAUUGGUGUGUUGCUUGAUGGUCUGUUUGGGACAGGCACAGGCUCUACUGUUCUUGUAGAGAAUGUAGGACUUCUAGGGUUAACAAGAGUAGGAAGUCGUCGUGUUGUUCAAGUAUCAGCAGGCUUCAUGAUCUUCUUCUCUACAUUAGGCAAAUUCGGUGCGGUGUUCGCGUCUAUACCAGUUCCGAUAUACGCAGCAUUGCACUGUGUCCUCUUUGGCCUCGUUGCUGCGGUUGGUCUCUCGUUUCUUCAGUUCACGAACAUGAACUCGAUGAGGAACUUGACGAUCACGGGUCUUUCGCUGUUUCUCGGAAUCUCCAUACCUCAGUUCUUUGUUCAGUACUGGGACGAGAGACAUUACGGGCUGGUUCACACGAACGCGGGGUGGUUCAACGCGUUUUUGAACACUGUGUUCAUGUCUCCGGCGACCGUGGGUUUGAUCAUUGCGGUGUUCAUGGACAAUACGAUGGAGGUUGAGAGGUCGAAGAAAGACAGAGGCAUGCCUUGGUGGGUAAAGUUUAGAACUUUCCGUGGUGAUAAUCGUAAUGAAGAGUUCUACACUUUGCCCUUUAACCUCAACAGAUUCUUCCCUCCUACUUAG